GGCACAAGGGGGGAGUGUUCGAGCCAGGGGGGCGCUACAGGGACGAACUGACCAUCGAGAGGGUGAAGAACGAGAAGAGCGACGCGAACCCCCCGAUGUUGAACUUUGACAAGUUCAACUGGGGAAACAACUUCCACUAUAAGGACUUGAACCAACUCCUCGGACGACCGGACAUGGGUCCUAGGAGACCGGAAGUGGCCGAGGUGGAGUUGAGGCACCUGGAGUUGGAGAUGGAGGCGAUGAGGUCGCAAAGGAGGCAGAUGCGGAGGAACUCUGGGGAAAACUCGGGGAAACCGGGGGAAAUGAAUGGGAAACUCCCAGACUACUUGGUGCCCCCGGGGAAACCGCCGAGGAUGCCGGGGCCUCUCAAUUGGGCGUCAGUGGCUUCUUGGUUCUUCAGGCCUGAAGCCAACUCCACCCCAACCAGUGGCGCGGCCUCCAACCCUGCUAGGCCGGCCGAACCUCACCUGGCACUCGCCCCUACCAUCUGCACGGCUAUCCGGUGCACAGUCCCCGGAUGUACCUGCGAGUGCUUCACUCCUGGCAAGCUGCAUAUUCGCUACUGCGAGUCCUGCUCUCACGGCUGGGUACCUCAUGCUCUAGACAAGCUGGGGUUCCGCCACGUGUUCGGCCAGAGUCCUGUGGAGCCUGUACAGCCGAACGUCGCCUUUGACAUCGCCUCGCUGGUCCUCUACGGGUGCCAAGCGCUCCCCAUCAGACUCAAGAUCCUCCUGGACAGACUCUUCAGCGUCCUGCAGCGCGAGGAGGUCCUGCAAGUGCUCCGGGGCUUCGGCUGGAGCCAUGAGGACUACGCCCGAGGCUACAUACUACAGGAGCCUCACGGCGCUGUCCUAGACCGCUGGAACAUCUGCAGUCCUGAGGAGGAACCUCUAGUUCUGCAACAGUUCCUCAGGUUCGGCGAGACAAGGGCGAUCACCCAGCAGCUACUACUCCACAGCUCUGGACUGCCCAGGAUAGAGUCAGACAUCAAGAAGUUCAUAGAGCGAGCAGCAGGAAGACCUUUCCCAACGAAGGAGGACGACAGGAACUCUAGGAUAUCCAUCAAACCUAUCCAGCAACUCCAGCAGCCUCCUAGGAGAGGGUUGUCUCCUCCUGGACAGAAUCAUCCGAUGGGUCACCAGAUAGGUGCUAGACCACCACCGCCACCGGUUUCGCCACAGAAGCCAAUGAACUUUCUGAAGCUUCCACCUACCGGGUUGACUUGUACACCGGCGACCACUAGUAAUGGGCCUGUGACGUCAUCUCCCCCCAGCAGUAUCAGCAGCAGUCCUCUCAGUGUGUCCCCGCUCAAUAGACUCCAGAGUAUGCAGCCCUUUGAUUUCCGGAAGAUCGCUUCAGGUGCGUCGUCCAUGCCCGUGAAGAACAGUCCGGAAAGAAGAAGAGCAUCGGAGAAUUCAGAGCCUAGUCCUCCUGGGUUGAUGAAUCUUUGUGUGACGAGUCCUAACCCUGUUUGUCCUCCCCCUCCUCCACCCCCUAUCCCGGCCACGAGCACUGCCAUGUCUAUAUACCAGCCCCAUCGGUCUCCAUCCAUCGAUCGCCCGGGAAGCAGUGAGUUCGGGUCGGACGAUGAUGACGACGAUGAAGAAAACUCUCACUCCGCUCUUAACUUAAGCCGAGACGCUGCCCCCAGGAUGCCCAGGCCACACAGACCUCAGCAUAUGAGAAAGACCGCCACACCCAUGAAGCGACAGUGGGGCUCUACGCCUUUACCUUUGAAUUUGGGAACUCAACUAAUAAACCCUGCCACAGGGAAGAAGAGAGUGCAGUGCAAUGUAUGUCUGAAAACCUUCUGUGACAAAGGUGCCCUGAAAAUCCACUUUUCAGCUGUACAUCUACGAGAAAUGCACAAAUGUACUGUGGAGGGGUGCAACAUGAUGUUCAGUUCCAGAAGGUCAAGGAAUAGGCAUAGUGCGAACCCCAAUCCGAAACUGCAUUCACCGCAUUUGAGAAGGAAGAUCUCUCCUCACGACGGUAGAAGCGCUCAAUCGCAUCCUAUCCUAAUACCUCCCAUUCCACCAGGAGCUUUAAACCCCCUUACCUUCGGAACAUUUCCCCUGCUUCCCCCGACUCCGGACAUGAGGCAUCAGCAAGCUGUUCUUGACUUGAAACAAAGUUUAGACCUGAGUCUUCACAGGCAAGAGGAACAGAGAAGGUACGAGAACUCCUCUUCUGACCAUAUGGACGACUACAUGAUGGACGAUGACGAUGAAGAAGGCAUUGUGGUAGUGGGAAACGGGGACGAUGAUGACGACGGAGACUCUGAAACGCAAAAUGGAGACAAACAUUAUGAAGAAAAAUCAAAAAGGUUCAAGCUAUCUGAGUCAGACAUGGACAUGGACGAAGACGUUAGCAACAUGGACAGCAACGAAGAUUCUUUAAGUGUUGUCGAUUCACAAAGUGUCAAAGAGGAAAACACAGAAACCCCAGGUGAAAAUACUGCAACGUAUGCAAAAGCUGUAAGAAAAAGAAAGAACCAAAAUCCUACUAAAUGUGCUGUGGCGUCUAGGAUCGCUGAUGAAGAUGGUAUGACUGACGAGGAAUAUUCAAACGAUGUUUUUCAGGCAGGAAAAAAGGAAGACAUGAACAGGUUGCAGCAAGGCGGUGAUGAAAAAAACGUCGAAAGUAGUGAUCAGCCACAAGACUUAUCAGAAAAGGAACCUACAGAAGAUAAACCAAUAACAUUUACUGAAAGGAAGAGUCCUGCUCAAUCUGAAGGCCACAAUGCAGAAAAAGAGGUAGAAGAAGAGCCUUCAAAAAACGAUUUAUUAAAAAAUUCUGAAAACAACGACCGCAGUCGAAGAAAUAGUCCAGACAACAUAAGAGGUGAUAAUGAACUGAAUGGCAACGAAAAUAACAACAUCCCUAUUCAAGAUUUAAAGCACGAUAAAUCGGACGAGCUUUCUAAAUCCCCAAAUUUAAGAAAACCAGAAGAUCAACUCGAUUCUUCAAAUGCUCUACGUCAGCUUGAAAACCUCUCACAGGGAAACUUUGGUGAAAUAAACACAACUAGACAACACGAUUCGUUCCCUUUGAAUUACAUGAUGAAUCAGGACCCUCCAAGUCCAGCAAGAUCACACUCGUCCUCCGGAAGUUCUGGGGACUGCGCUUCAGAAGACAACGGAGACGGAGUCUACGGCCACUUCCAAGACGGAACUUUCAUCAGUACCAUGGACGUUCCCAUAGACAAGGACAACCCGCGUAUGUGCACAGCUUGCGGUAAAAUGUUCCAGAACCAUUUCGGAGUGAAGACGCACUACCAGAACGUCCAUUUAAAACUGAUGCACAAAUGCACCGUGGAAGGAUGCAACGCAGCUUUCCCUUCGAAAAGAAGUAGAGAUAGACACAGUGCGAAUCUCAACCUUCACAGAAAACUACUAUCCACAUCUUUAACCGAUAAAGGGUCUUUGUUCCUAGAAAACUCACCGUUCUCUUCAAUCGCCGCUAAUACAGCGCUUCACAACGAAUUCCUCUCUCGUUUCUAUGGAGAUCCGCAGUCGAUGCCUCUCCCACCACAUCUUCCUCCUCCAGGAAUGAUGAAUGGGGAUCGACUUCCUCCGCAUCCUCCUAUGUUCCUACCUCCCCUAGGAGGUCUCCCCGGGUUUCCCGGGAUGAACAACUUCUCCCACCUCUCACAACCUCUUCACAAUGUCAACGGCCACUCCUCCGGGUCAGCGUCACCAGCCUCCCCGGCGUCUUCUCCGACAUCACACAACGACGACGAGCUUCCUCCGCCGGACAGAGACGGCCUCCUCCCCUGCCGCUUCUGCCACCAACCCCUGUCCGACGCCACCGCUCUCUAUGAGCACUACGAGCAACUUCACGCGUCGGAGAUGUUCCGGUGUUCCCACUCCGGGUGUUCCAGGAUGUUCACUUCCAGGAGGAAGAGGGAUUCCCACUCAGAGACGGACCAUCAGGCUGCCUCGUCGUGACCUCCCCCUCUACAUCACCCCCCACCCCUCUGGUGGUAGUGCCAAUCCUUCGCUAUAGUGACGGGGUGGUCGAUGAAGACCGAUAGUUCUGUGAA